AUGAGGACACAGACACAAACACAGACAGAGGCCAUCGUUCUCCAGGCAAGUGGGACAACAGAUCCUGUCUCGGAAGAGCCUGCGGUGUGGCAAGCUUCAACAGUCGACGAGUAUCAAGUGCCCAAAUGGCUCUACCCCAAGAUCCUCAGCGCUGGCGUUUCGUUCUUUGUGGCCGGCGUCAAUGAUGGUAGUCUCGGAUCUCUCAUUCCCUAUGUGAUCCGAAGUUAUGGCAUCGAUACCAAUAUGGUAGCUGUCCUAUAUGGCGUGACAUUUUUCGGCUGGUUCUUCGCCGCGCUCUCCAAUAGCUCUAUCUGCCAGCACCUCGACCUAGGUGUGAUUCUAUCCAUCGGAGCCGCGCUCCAGAUCUUGGCGCACGUUUUGCGUACAUGGCUCCCUCCGUUCCCUCUCUACGCCUUCACGUUCUUCUUCGCAAGUCUGGGCCAGGCAUACAAUGACACGCACGCCAACACCUUCGUAUCCUCUCUGAAGGGUGCACAUCGCUGGCUGGGCUUUAUCCACGCUAUGUACAUGGCCGGAUGCCUUGUCGGUCCCUUUGUAGCGACGGGGGUGGCGUCUGCCAACGCGCACUCAAAAUGGAACCUGUUCUAUCUGUUCCCAUUAGGAAUCGGCGCCAUAAACAUGGCGCUAGUCGGACUAUCUUUUCACGACCGCAUGGUUUUUUCGCUCAAGAAAAGAGGAAACAGUAGCCCAGGUCAACCCGUAUCCGAGUCGACGAGCCGAACGGCCUUGAAAGAAAUCAAAGCAAUUCUUUCAACGCGCGGAGUAUGGCUAGUGAGCCUCUUCUUCUUUUUCUUCCUUGGAGCCACCAUAACGGCUGGUGGAUGGAUGGUCGAAUAUCUCGUCAAAGUCCGCAACGGGGAUAUUAAUGACAUGGGGUAUGUGCCCGCUGGCUUUUACGGAGGCGGAUUCCUUGGACGACUUAUUCUGGCCGAGCCCACACACCGACUUGGAGAACGACGGAUGAUCUUCAUCUACACGAUCUUAUGCGUAGGGCUGCAAUUGGUCUUCUGGCUGGUUCCAAACAUCAUCACCGAAGCCGUGGCCGUCAGCUUACUGGGGUUCUUCUCGGGGCCUUUCUUCGCCACUGGAAUUUCCGUGGGAUCUAAAAUCGUGCCUCCAGAGAUACGCUCAUCAGCCAUCGGUAAGCACACUUCUUUCUAUCAGCCAACAACAAUUGGCCCCAAACGGCCCAUUCUGAACAUGUUAGCAUUCGUUUUUGUGCUCGGUCAAAUUGGAGGAUCUAUCUUCCCAGCCAUUACGGGGAUCAUCGCAGCCCAGGUCGGGGUUAAAGUCUUGCAACCAAUGCUGGUAGGGUUACUUAGUGCCGCGGGCAUUAGCUGGUUGCUUUUACCCAAAGACGCCGGCCUUCACCGGGAAUGA